AUGUUGGCGCUGCUAUCCGCACUGCGAACCCAAGCGUGCCUCAUUAGAAGACAGUCGACCGUCGUUCAUCCUUCUCUCAAAGCAACCAUCACCACGUCAACUGCACGCAACAUGUCGAAGCCCGCUCCUGGACACAAAGACGCCACGUACCACACCGAGUGCACGGGCCAAGCGCUAGAGACCGUCAAGGCGCACUCUUCGCCCUCGGAACUCACCCUCUUUGGUGCCUGCUUCUGCCCCUUUGUGCACCGCGUCUGGAUCGCCCUCGAGUAUUUGCAAGCUCCGUACCAGUACCGCGAGGUGGAUCCGUACAAGAAACCAGCCGAUCUGCUCGAGCUGAACCCCAAGGGUCUCGUCCCUGCGCUCAAGCUUUCCAACGGCAAGGGUCUGGCAGAGUCGACCGUCAUCCUGGAAUACAUCGACGAAAAGUACGGCGGUGGCAAAGGAGGCAAGUCGCUUCUUCCUCCUCUGUCGGACCCAUAUGACCGCGCUGUGUACCGUCUUGCAGUGGACAAGGUCAACCGCACCUUGAUCCCGUCCUUCUACCGCUACCUGCAGGCGCAGGAGGUGGAGGCACAGCUCGAAGGUGCCAAGGAGUUUACUUCAAACCUCGCCGACUUUGUCCGCUCCAUGCCAGGCUCGAAAGGAUUCUGGAACGGACAAGGCCUCUCAAUCGUCGACUGCACUGUCGCUCCCUGGCUGUAUCGAGCCACCAACGUGCUGCGCCACUUCCGCGGCUUCGAGCCCAAAGAGCUACUGGAGCCGGAGCUCUUCGAGCGCUGGGAAAGCUGGUCUAGCACCGUGUUCGAGCACGAUGCUUUCAAGGCAACCACUUCUACGGACGAUCUCUACCUCGACUCGUACGUGAGAUACUCGCAGAAUCGCCCCAUGACGUCGCAGGUGGCCGAUGCCAUCAACAAGGGACGCGGCUUGCCCUGA